CCUUACUGCAUAUGAAUUAAACAACACAGAAUGAGGACGGUGCAGCUUUUACUCUUCUGUCUGCUGGUGUGUCAAACCACAGAGAGUUUAACUGAUAAACGGGUGAAUUUAGGGCAAAACGUGACUUUAGACUGUCAGAUUGAUGUAAAAGACAUUUAUUGGGUUUUCCAGAAAGGGACAGAUUCUCCAGUGCUGAUACUGCGAACUUUCUCUUCAGAAUCUACAAUAUCUCGUCUAAAAAACCAAAGUCUGAAAAACAAAUAUUCAUCACUAACUUUGAGCCGUUUAUUUAUUAGUAACGUAACUAUCAAUGAAUUAGGAAUAUAUUAUUGUGUAAAAACAGGCUCAUUUCUACAGCUCAGCGAUGGUAUUAGACUUGACAUCAUUGCAGCUCAAGAUCAGAAUCAGACAGAACUGAACAAUCAGUCACAACAUCCGAAAACACAGCAGGCUCUGAUUGUGUUAUAUGUUAUAUUGAACAUUGUGAUGUUUUCUGCAGUAAUAGGCCUAUUUCAGAUCAAACUCCAAGCGUGUAAAAAAAGACACCAACAAUGUCAAGAUGAAGAACUGGAGCAGCUUUACAGCACAAAUGGUGAAGAGUUUUCUGAAGUGGAGUUUCGUCUGUUUCACCCGACCAACAACACUUUUGUUCCUUUUCAAAAGCCAAUGACAAAACCUAGACAAAUAUAAUCAAGAGUAAAUUGUCUCAUACAGUUUAAUAGAAGUAUAUUUUGAUA